AUGUCGCAUAGCAAGCGCAACACAUCUCUCGCCUUCUUCACCUCAUACGAGCGUUCUCUGCUCAAGUCGACCUGGGGUUCACAGUCCACUCGUCUGUCGCGCGACGCCUUUCUCCCCUUCGCAUCAUGUCGACUAUGUCUUCUUCCUUCACGCGAUCCAGUGGCAUGCGCCACGAACGGGGACAUUUUCUGCCGCGAGUGCGCCUUCAACAAUUUACUUGCGCAACGCAAAGAGAUUAAGCGUCUCGAGAAAGAAAUGGAGAAGAAACGCGCGGAAUUGGCAGAGCAAGAGACGCAUGAUGAGGAUGAAGCAAAACAGCGCGCGAUUGAGGAAUUUGAGCGCGUUCAAAUGGGUCUUGAAGUGAAGCUUGGCGCGGGAAGAAAAUUGGUGGGUAGAGGAGGCGGCAAAGUCAUGGUCGAAGAAGACGUCGGACUAGACGACAGUCCUGCGGCGGUAGCGGCAGGGGAGAGGGGCAAGAAGCGCAAGUUCGAGCUCGACGAGGAGGAGUUGCUGCGAAUCGCCAAAGAAGAUCGAGGCAAAGCAAGAAAAGCGCUGAACGAAGAGAGGGCAAAAUCAACAGCCCAUCUGCCCUCCUUCUGGGUCCCGUCUCAAACCCCCGAGAGCGGCAGCGGCAACUCUGCGAAUCUAUACAAGGUUGAAAAGCCGCCAAAGCUUAACCCCGUUUGUCCGGCGUCUGACCGAGACCGACCACACAAUUACUCGCUCAAGACGCUGGUCACAGUACAGUUUACCGAAGAAAAGGAUAGCAAGACGGGCGAAUUACAACGAGUAUGCCCGAGCUGUCAAAAGGCUUUGAGUAAUAGUACUAAGGCAAUGCUCGCCAAACCAUGCGGGCAUGUCCUCUGCAAGCCCUGCGUCGAGAAAUUCAUGGCGCCUAAUCUGGCUGCGCCUUCUGUACCUUCAUCCUCUGGCACAUCCACCCCAGCAUCGUCUGCAAACACACCAUCCGCCACCACCGCCAACACAUCCGAUCCCCUCCGUCACCAAUCACUCCUCAAAGCAAAGGCCAAAGCCAGUGCCCAUGACGCUGAUCAUGAUCGACCCCACGUUCACUGCUACGUGUGCGACGCAGAUCUCGGUCCCAAAUUCCCCGGCCUCUUAGGAGACACAUCAACAACCACGACGAAUAACGGCACAAGCCAAGCCACAGAAAAUGCACCGCAAAACGAUGACAAUGACAAUGAGAAAGAUAGUAAAAGCAAGAAGAAGGAUAAAAUCAAGCCGGGUCUUGUCCAAAUAAACUGCGACGGCACGGGAUUUGCGGGCGGCGGACAGAGUAAGGUCGAUAAGCUGGGCGUGGCGUUUCAAUGUUGA